CGUCAGAAGAAUGUGGAUUUUAUUGAACUAUAUCUGACCACCAGUAACGGACAUAGAGAUGAUAUUUCUCGUUGUAGCAUUACUGUUGGUUUCACCAGCCUUACUAGAAGCAUCACCUCAAACUUAUUGGGAACAGUUGCAUCGUGAGCCCCCACUUCGAGGACAUCCCAGAAAUGUUACAAGGCAAGCUGAGGUGAAGUGGAUUACGCAAUAUGUGGAUAACUUCGAUCCACAAAACCCAUCAACGUGGAGCAUGCGAUACAUUCAAAACGGAGAACACUAUCAACCCGGAGGGCCUCUUUUCAUUUUUCUGGGAGGAGAAUGGGAAAUCAGUCCCGGAUAUGUAAUGUAUGGCCAUUUCUACGAUAUGGCAAAAGAACUAGGAGCUCACCUUUUCUACACUGAACACCGAUAUUAUGGUCAGAGCCGUCCCACUGCGAGUACACGCUCGGACCUGUUGAAAUUCCUUAACAUUGAUCAAGCCUUAGCGGAUUUGGCUCACUUCGUUGAAGAAAUGCGAAGAGCAAUUCCUGGAGCUGAGAAUUCUAAAGUGAUCAUGGCCGGUGGUUCAUACUCAGCAACGAUGGUAGCAUGGUUCAGACAGAAGUACCCUCACCUAGUGGAUGGUGGAUGGGCUUCUAGUGCGCCUUUAUUGGCUAAGCUCGACUUUGUUGAAUAUAAAGAAGUUGUAUCAGAAUCUAUUCGUCUGGUUGGCGGUGAUGCAUGCGCUGAUAGAAUUGAACGUGCAUAUGAACAAAUAGAAGACCAUUUGGCGAGAGAAGAAUUCGACAAAGUGCGUGAAGAAUUUAAAGUUUGUAAUAACAUAAACUUUGCCAAUAGUUUGGAUUCUGCAAUGUUUCUAAGUUCCAUUUCGGAUUAUUUCGCCGGAGUUGUGCAGUAUCAUUCCCCGGGAGAUAUUGAAGGUGUUUGUGAAAUCAUCAUGGAUGAUUCUAUAGAAAACGAUAUGGAAGCAUUGGCUAACUGGUUUAUCAGAGGCGUCAACCAGUGCAUGGACAUGACCUACGAUAGCACAAUUCGCUACUACAGGUCAAUAGAUUGGAAUCACGGUGCCAAUCGAGGAGCAAUGCGACCAUGGCUUUACCAAACCUGCGCUGAAUAUGGAUGGUAUCAAACGUCCGGCUCAGAGAAUCAAAUUUUUGGCUCCGGCUUCCCUGUCGAUCUCUACGUGAGAAUGUGCUACGAUUUGUAUGAUUACAUAUUCUACCCAGCUAGAUUGGAUGCAAACAUUAAACGAACCAACACCAUCUAUGGUCAUAUGAACCCGGAAGUUACGAAUGUAUUUUUCACACAGGGACAGCUUGAUCCAUGGCGCCCAAUGGGAUUGCAAGAAGACUUGAAUGACCAAUCUCCGACUGUCGUUAUUCCUAUGGCUUCGCACGUUGCAGAUAUGGGAUCAAUAAGUGAUAGAGAUUCGCCUGAGAUGCUUGCAGCAAAGGAACGAGUAUUUGAACUCAUUAAACAAUGGAUAUCAUAGUUGCAAACUAUCACUCUUCUUGGGCACCAUCAUUGGGGAUAAGAAUUCUCAACAACUGGUCAAAAUGCUGUAAUUUAUGUAUCAUACGUGAGCCCAUCAGUUUUACUUUACAAGGAAAAAAAAAUCAAAUAAACGAAUAUUUUUGUAAUUUAAAAAAAA